AUGAAUGCAUCAAACAAUUGAUGCAUUCAUUGAAAAUUGACUUUAAAAUCACAAUUAAUGCCAAAGACUUUGUGUUAAGUGUAGACAUGGACUAACCCGUUGUGGACAUCACUGGACUAUCACAUCCCACACACAAUGGUGUCUAAGUUGUUGUUUCUGAAGUAUUUGUCACUAUUAGUGCUGACAAUACAGACGACAACAUUAGUAAUGAUAUUAAGGUUUUCGCGGAUCAGUUACACACCAAAUGAAUCCCAUUAUAUCAGUAGUACUGCUAUAGUGUUGAGUGAAUGCAUCAAACUUGUGGUCUCUCUCCUCAUACUCGCACUUCAGUCCAAUUGUUCGUCUCAAAAAGUGAUACAACUCUUGAACAAUGAAGUGGUGGCCAAACCUCGAGAGACGGCCAAAUUGUUGGUACCGGCGCUGUUGUACACCAUUCAGAAUAACCUCCUAUUCCUAGCCCUCACUAACUUAGACGCCGCCACAUAUCAGGUGACAUAUCAGCUAAAGAUCCUGACGACAGCCCUGUUCUCCGUAUUUAUGCUUCACAAGAGACUGGCUGUCAAUCAAUGGCUAUCAUUGGUAUUACUCACGAUUGGCGUCACUUUAGUCCAGUGGCCCCAAAGCCCUCAGAGUCCGUCCGACAAAUUGGAUGAAAUGUCUGAAGCGAUGACCGGUGCGGAGGAGCCGGUGGGCAACCGGUUGUUGGGAGUGACGGCUGUGUUGGCCUCAUGUUUCUCGAGUGGCUUCUCCGGUGUGUACUUCGAAAAGUUAGUCAAAUAUACCUCUCAGUCCCUAUGGAUCAGAAACACACAAAUGGCACUCUUCUCAGUCGUUAUCGCAUCCAUUGCUAUGUUUUUACAAGACUUUGAUCUCAUUUACGCCAACGGCUUCUUUCAGGGAUACACAUCGUUGACAUGGAUUGUGGUGUUAUUGCAAGCAUUUGGUGGUCUCGUAGUGGCUAUUGUCAUGAAAUACGCCGAUAAUAUUCUUAAGGGGUUUGCGACCUCCAUAUCCAUCGUAUUAUCCACUGUUUGCAGCGUUUACCUGAUGGCAGACUUUUAUCCCACAAAUUCCUUCCUUUGCGGUGCUUUUAUUGUCAUAUUAGCCAACAUUCUGUACGCC